GGCCCGGAGCUGGGAGCGCUGGGAAGGCGGUUGGGGUUCUGACAGCUGCGCGCGGUGAGAAGGGGGCAAGCCCUAGGGGCUCGAGAGGACGGAGCCGGGAAGGGUGCGACGGAGCCCCGAGCCCUGGGCGGGGUUCGGGAAGGGAGAUUCUGCAGUCUUGGAGGGGACUCAGACCGGUCCCUUCCCCUCUCCGGGCCUCAGUUCCCCCUUUCUAGGGAAGUGUGGGGGAGAGAUUCGCGCCUCCCAGAACGCACUCCUUCCCCGCACACACCCCUGGCACCGGCGAACCGCCCCCUUUCCUGUACCGCCCCGCCCAGGAGCCUGUCCCCUCGGGAAGCCCGCCCAGACCCCUGGACCCGUGCAGCACUCCAGGCGCACCCCUAUUAAAGCGCACCCCAAGCCAUUUCACAUGUUCUGUGGCAAUGGGCCAGGCUCCCCAUAAGACUCCGAACCCCGUGAUCCAUCAGUCAUUCCCGGGUGAGGACUAGCCCGGAGCAGGUGCACAGGCCCUGCUUAGUAAUAAGGUAGAAAUCGAGACCUGGGGACCGGGCUCAGAGGCCCUGGAGUUUCCUUCCGGAUGCCUCUGUUUAGCUCCUGUGAGCCUUCUGGAAUUUAACUUAUGCUCUCUGUGUCUUGGUUUCCCUCGUCUGUAAAAUGGAGCUAGGGGUAGCUCUUCCUUCAUCGGGUGGCAUGAGGGUGAAACGAGGCAAUGCGUGGCCAGUACACUGCUCAGCACCUAGCACACCAUAGUUGCUUAAUAAGUGCUUAUUGUUAGCAUAGUGUUUGCAUACCUGGCCCCACCUCCACUCCCACUGCCAGCCCCAAGCACAUACAAGCCGUGUUGUCACUGAGGUCAAGCACUGUGGCCCACAGCCUGAGUUCCUUUCGAGAUGCUCGAACUGCACAUCCUCUUGAUGGGGUCCCUUCUGGACAGGCGAGAAACGGAAGGUCAGAGAGGGGAAGGGCACUGUGGGAGCUGUGGCUGAAUAUCAGGGUGAGGGCAAUAAAUGAGGCCACCCAACAAUUGUGCUUAUCAAAGAUUGGGCGUCAGAACUGCUGUGGCUGAUCUGCAUGGGUGUCUGUCAGUCAUUUGUGCCCCAAAUGUUUGACUUAGGUCCACAAAUCCAGUGUUUGUGGUCAGAAGCCACAGGGAUAUAUGGCAAGGGGGGACACUUUAGAGCCGUGGGGUUCCUGAGUUCAAGUCCUAAGGCUGUCACUUGCUCCCGGCGAGACUUUGGGCAAGGGGCUUCACCUCUCUGAACCUCAGUUCCCUCACCUGGAGAGUCGUUGAAGCUCAAGUCGUUGAAGAUUGCAGGAGGUGACCCAUGUGAGGCGUUUGGUGCUUAGCACACGGCCUGGAUUAUGUGAGCUAAAAGAGCAGAAGUCUCCAAACCCAUCUUCCCGGCUGAAGUCACACCGUUCUCCUGCGACUCUUGGCUCCUUGCAGAUCCUGCUGUCUCUCAGCCGCCUGUGGACAUGCGCAAAGGGCCCACUCCUGAGUCCAGAGGAUGCUCAUGCCAAUGGCUUCAGUGAUGGCAGUGACUGAACCGAAAUGGGUCUCGGUCUGGGGCCGCUUCCUCUGGGUGACACUGCUGAGCAUGGUGCUGGGGUCCCUGCUGGCCCUGCUGCUGCCACUGGGGGCUGUGGAGGAGCAGUGCUUGGCUGUGCUCAAAGGCCUCUACCUGCUCAGGAGCAAACCGGACAGGGCACAGCAUGCCGCCACCAAGUGCACCAGCCCGUCCACGGAGCUCAGCAUCACCUCCAGGGGCUCAACGCUGCUGGUGGCCAAGACCAAGGCCUCUCCAGCAGGUAAGUUGGAAGCCAGAGCCGCCCUGAACCAGGCCCUGGAGAUGAAGCGCCAGGGCAAGCGGGAAAAAGCCCAAAAGCUCUUCAUGCAUGCCCUCAAGAUGGACCCGGACUUCGUGGACGCGCUCACCGAGUUUGGCAUCUUCUCAGAAGAAGACAAGGACAUCAUCCAGGCGGACUACUUGUACACCAGAGCACUGACCAUCUCACCCUACCAUGAGAAAGCACUGGUCAACCGCGAUCGGACACUGCCACUCGUGGAGGAGAUCGACCAGAGGUAUUUCAGCAUCAUCGACAGCAAAGUGAAGAAGGUCAUGUCCAUCCCCAAGGGGAACUCGGCUCUGCGCAGGGUCAUGGAGGAGACCUACUACCAUCACAUCUACCACACAGUGGCCAUCGAGGGCAACACCCUCACCCUCUCGGAAAUCAGGCACAUCCUGGAGACCCGCUACGCCGUGCCCGGGAAGAGCCUGGAGGAGCAGAACGAGGUCAUCGGCAUGCACGCGGCCAUGAAGUACAUCAACACGACUCUGGUUUCGCGCAUCGGCUCUGUCACCAUCAGCGAUGUGCUGGAGAUCCACAGGCGGGUGCUGGGCUACGUGGACCCCGUGGAAGCCGGCAGGUUUCGGACGACACAGGUCCUGGUCGGACACCACAUCCCUCCCCAUCCGCAGGAUGUGGAAAAGCAGAUGCAGGAGUUUGUACAGUGGCUCAACUCCGAGGAUGCCAUGAACCUGCACCCGGUGGAGUUUGCAGCCUUAGCCCAUUAUAAGCUCGUUUACAUCCACCCUUUCAUUGAUGGCAACGGGAGGACCUCCCGUCUGCUCAUGAACCUCAUCCUCAUGCAGGCGGGCUACCCGCCCAUCACCAUCCGCAAGGAGCAGCGGUCCGAGUACUACCAUGUGUUGGAAGCUGCCAACGAGGGCGACGUGAGGCCUUUCAUUCGCUUCAUCGCCAAGUGUACUGAGACCACCCUGGACACCCUGCUUUUUGCCACAACUGAGUACUCGGUGGCACUGCCAGAAGCCCAACCCAACCACUCUGGGUUCAAGGAGACGCUUCCUGUGAAGCCCUAACCCUAGAAAUCCUCCCUCAGUGACAAAGGCUGUCCUGAGGUAGGAAAAAAAGAAAAAGAAACAUUAUUUCUAGAAACCUAGUCACUUCCUAAAGCAAAAGGAGAAACAUUUACCUCCAAAUGUUUUAGUUUAAAAAAAAAAAAAAAAAACUAAGUUAUGAAGCCUUGUCUCUAAAAUAACUUAUAAUUCAACCAAGCUAUUUAUUUUCUUCUUUGGAGCAAGCUAGUCAGUGUUGUGCGGUGUCUGCUGUGUCUUGCUGGUGGCCGCGCUUUAGGGGCAACAGUGCCACCGUGUGACCAGAACACAGGUUCUGGAGCAGAAUUUGCACUAAGGUGGAGGAGCGGCCAGGAGGUGUGGGACAGGGCCCAGAGCCACUGACGUAACUCCUCCAAGUGCUUCUCUGAAACAGGCUGAGAGGUUCUGUGACUGCAACUGGGAAGUCAGACCCAAGUCACAGCUGAGAGAAAUGGUUGAAAGCUCACUUUCUCAAGGUUUAGAUUAGUGGUGACUAACUUCCAAGCAAACUUCAUAGAAGAGAAAAUGAAUGCCGACAUUCCUUACUUACCUCCAGGAAGACUUCUUGAGCCAUAGUUUGCAAACUUUAGUGCCAGCAGCUGUUUUUUUUUUCCAUAUUGAGACUAUCUUUCUAAUUAAGAAUAGGGAGUAGCCAUAAAGAGCUGUAUGUUGGAAGGGGAAACAUGGUGGGUGGGCAGUUUGGUUUUCUUUGUGUAUCGGCGUUUCUCUCGCACUUCAUUUGUAGCAACUCAGGCCAGAUGUUUUCGUCUAAAAUUCUCUGGGCUUGUCAUUCCACCUGUAUCGUGCUGCAAACCAGGUGUUAUGCUAGUAGGCAUCUGCCCUCACCCCUCUGCCUGAGUUUUCUGCAGGCAGAUGUUAACCUGAGAAAACAAGUGCCACGUGGACACCACGUAAGCAUUUUUGAUAAUGAAUUAGAGCACCAGUUUCUACUGAACGGAGCAAAAACCUUCAGCCACGGCCAGGCUGCAUCCCUUUGGUCCUGGAGUUUCAUCUACUUACUGCCUGGACCCCCACCUUCCACGGCCUUUGCACUGUCCCAUGUCCCAUCCCCCUGGGAGGCAGAAGAGAUUGCCUUGGAGUGGCCUUAUUUUUCUCGCAACUUGUGAAAUGAUGCAGUGCUCUAUGUAAUAUGGCCGAGUUUCCAAGCUGUCAUCCAAUGGAAGUAGAAUCUUCUCUUUCAAUCAUGGCACAGGUGCCAAUAUGACUACUGCUAUUUAGAGUCAGAGUGGUGGAAGUCACUGGGUCCCUUUCCCAGUGACAGAGCCCAUGAUGUCUAACACUGUACUGCACUUUGUCAGUGUGUGAGUGAUGGCGAAUAUGCAGUGUUGUCUCUUUGAUUUGGUAAUUCCGUUCCUGACAGUAAUCAGGCCAUUGCUCUAAAGUAGUCUAUACAGUUCUUCAGUUGUAUAAAUAGCACAGAGUAGUUUUUGAAAGGUUAAGAAAAAUAAGUGAAAAGAUAUAUAUGAUAUAUGAAAUGGCUCCAAAUGAUAAUUAUUCAAACCUUUAUAAAAUAUGUUUUCAUACUCUUACGCUGCCAGAGGUACUUCUUAAAACUCUUCUCGUCUUGGUUUUAUAAGCACACCAAGGAGGUCUGACAGAUGUGCUUGCUUCUACUAUAGAGCAAGAGAAUUUGCACUUUAGCUAUACGUGAAGGAUAUUAUUUUAACAAAUUCCUGAUUCUAAUAAAGUUAUUUUAUUACAGGAAUGCUUGA